AAAGGCCAAAAAGCAGCGAUGAGAAACCAAUUCUAUGGUGAGUUGAGUUCUGGAUUCUCUCACUUCCUUUUUUUCCAACCUCUUUUUCCGAAUUCCACUUCCAAUGGUCGUUGUCCGUCCCUUUCCGUAACUCACUCAAUUUCCAAUCUCAGCCGUCCAUUCUCAUCCUUUUAAAAUCCCAAAGAACCCAUUCUCAUUUUCCCGGCGAUCAACAAACGAACACUCUCUUCUCUCCGUCUCAUCACUUCGGUUCUCUCUCAUGCUCGUCUAGAGAAUUUUUCUAGGGUUUCAUUAGGGCUUUGGAAUCGGAGAGAGAUGGGGAUGAACUUCGAUGGAUUUUGGUCAAAGACGACGCUUAUUGGACUGGGGCUUGGCCAGUUCGUUUCCCUUUUGAUUACAUCCACGGGAUUCUCCUCAUCCGAGCUCUCUCGACAAGGGAUUGAUGCUCCGACUUCGCAGUCGUUCUUGAAUUAUGUGCUCUUGGCGAUCGUUUAUGGUGGUUUGUUGAUUCAUCGGAAGAGGGCGCUUCAGAUGAAAUGGUACUAUUACUUGGUACUGGCUAUUAUUGAUGUGGAAGCAAAUUUUCUUGUGGUUAAGGCUUACCAAUACACCUCUUUGACAAGCGUCAUGCUUUUGGAUUGCUGGACAAUACCAUCUGUGAUAUUCCUUACCUGGUUUUUUUUGAAGACUAAAUACAGACUCCGCAAGUUUGUUGGUGUAGCUAUAUGUGUUGCUGGCCUUGUAAUGGUUGUGUUCUCCGAUGUGCAUUCAAGUGACAGAUCAGGAGGAAGCAACCCAAUUAAAGGUGAUAUGCUUGUCAUUGGUGGGUCCAUGCUAUAUGCAAUUAGUAAUGUUAGUGAGGAAUUUUUGGUGAAGGAGGGUGACAGAAUAGAACUGAUGGCAAUGCUAGGUUUGUUUGGAGCAAUUGUUAGUGCUUGUCAAAUAAGCAUACUUGAGCGACAGGAGCUUAAAUCUAUCCAUUGGACAGCUGGUGCAGCAAUACCUUUUGUUGGUUUUGCACUAGCGAUGUUUUUGUUUUACUCCACUGUUCCAAUUGUGCUUAAGCUGAGCGGUUCAACCAUGUUAAACCUCUCUUUGCUUACAUCUGACAUGUGGGCUGUUCUCAUCCGCAUCUUUGCUUAUCAUGAGAAGGUUGAUUGGAUGUACUUCAUAGCUUUUGCAGGUGUUGCCGUAGGGUUACUUAUUUAUUCGGGGGGUUCUAAAGAAGAUGUCCAUCCGGCCCUCGGUGAGGGCGUUGAGGAAGGAGCACAGAACAAAGAGAGAGACGAAGAAGCAGCAUUGGACAAUGCAACUCAAGAACCAACAAUGGCCAGUAGCCAAAAAGGCAGAGAUGUAGGAAAGGGUCCUUACUACUCUCUGGUCAAUGAGGAGCGAUGAUCAAUAGCUGCAACAAUCUUGUGUCCUCCGUCAUUGAAAAGGGGGAAUUAGUUUGGCGCUGGCUACCAUGCACCCUUGGUAACAUAUACCACAUUUCAAUUCUUCAGUUUGUUCAGCAAGGCAAUUGUCUUAGUUUAUAUUAAAAAAAAAAAAAAUUGGAUGAACCACAUGCAAUUGUCAUUUGUCAUUUUAUUGUUGUUGUUCAAUUGAAGCAUUAACUUAGAUGUGUUGUUUAACAGUGUAUCUCUAUAUUAACCAAAUUUUAUAGAUGCCCAAAUGCCACUUGAAUUGGA